GUCAAUGUCGAAAAGUAAAGAUAAACAGUGCACCGCCGGGUUAAAACUUAAAUUAAUUAACAAAAUAUUGUUAUUAUUAGCUUGAAAUUAAUGAUUUAUAAAACACCUUAUGUUCGUGAACGAAAAGUGUAUUGAAUAGUCUUUCUUUCAAGAUGUCGAAGCAUGACACUAAAUCGGAGACAGAAGAAGCGAAUCGCAUGUGGGCGAGUGCCUCCUUCGUAGGCGUGCUCAUCAUCAUCGGUCUGCCGCUUUGGUGGAAAACUACAGAAGUAUACAGGGUCGCGUUACCGUACGAUAAGAUAAACGCAUUCGAGACCGAUUCACAUUACAUAGCAACGGAGCUGACAGUUCUAGCCAACGACGACGAGACCGCACAAGAAGUCGCGAGACAGAUCGAGAAAGCAUUCCAAGAAUCAGAUGUGAUAAAACUAAAAAUCACGAAGAAAAUAAUACCGAAUAAGUUACAACACUUACUGGACUCGGUGGCCGAUGAACAGGAGGCGUUAGAAGAUGUGGGCGCAGCUUUCAAUAUAAAGAAACACAACACGUUUUAUGUUGUCCAGAGGAAACCUCUAUACCAAGAUGUCUGGGUCGGUACCGAGCGAGUGGCCUUCUUCAGAGAUAUUAAAGCAUGUUCAACCAUCGUCAAAGUUCUUGAGAAAUGGAUAUAUCAGCCAUCGGUGCUGAUCGGAGCGAGGUCGGAGAUAGCGGACGCCGCGAGACAGGUUCGGUUCCCGAGCGGGCCCGGUUACCACGUAGUGCUGUCCGUGGUGCAUCCGAGGCCGCAGGAGCUGAAAGUGAACUUCAAUGCACGAGACGCGAUUGAAGAUUACAUCGGUUCGUUCGUGGAUGAACUCACCGACUUGCACAACUUCACGCUGAAGUCCCAAUGGCUCCAUCUGCUGGACUUCGAUUUCGAAGCUACGGAGGUGGCGGGCGGGCGGCUGGCGGCGGCGGAGCGCCUGCCGCUGCUGCUGACGCGGCUGGAGGAGCGCGCCGCCACGCACGUGUCGGAGCGCCCCACGCUCAACCUCGCGCUCUACGUCGUGCCGUGCCGCCUCGCGCCGCUCGCGCUGCAGCGCUACGAUAAAGAAAUCCCACCACCGGUGCAAGCCUUUAUGUCCCCUAAAUGGGGGGGAGUGGUCUUCGGCAACCCCACGCCGGAGGAAUGCGAGAAACAAGUGUACACGCCACCCGUUAAUCUAAUCAUGGGAACUUUUCUGUCUCAAUUGCGGAAGCUGCUCGGCAUCACGGAUAAGGAGGCGCAGGCGGGCGCGCGGCUGGAGGCGCUGCGCCGCGCGGCGCCGCGCGCGUGGGAGCGCGACGCGCUGCUGCGCCUGCGCGCGCUGCAGCAGCUCGCCUCCGCCGAGACCAGCCUCAGGUCGCUCGCCAAGCUGCUCGGCGAAAUAUCUAACAUCGUGAUAAACGACGAGGUCGGGGCCUCGAUCAACCUCGCCGUGGAGAGCAUCCACCGCGCCACCGAACACAUGGAGAAGGCCGAUCUGCUUGAAGCUCACCGGUACUCGCAGCAAGCCUUCCUGGCAGCAGAGACCGCUUUCAUGGAGCCGAGUCUACUAGCCCUUCUCUACUUCCCAGAUGACCAAAAGUACGCGAUAUACAUCCCUCUCUUUCUGCCCAUCAUGUUUCCCGUCGUGUUGUCGCUGAAGAACCUGCUGCUGUGGUUCAGGGGAAAACCCGUCCAUAAAGAGAAGACUGAUUGAGCUCUUAAUGGCUUAUAAAUAAUAAAUUGUUUUUAUUGAAACGA